AUGGUCGUGAUAAGCCUAGAUGGCUACCGACGUGGUCUACAUCACCUUCACGCCAUAGACAAGAAGCGAAAAGCAAGAAGAUCCGCUCACCGAGCACAACAAGCACCACCGCACGCAAGCACAUCGACAUCGACGAACAUGGAGUAUCCUAUGCCUCUUGCCCGUACCCUGGAGAAUUCCCAGCAUCUGCACGCCAGCUCGCACAUCCGCUGCAAAAUCGUCCCAGUCUGCGAGAAUGGACAAGCUUCGACGUCGGACGACUUCAGCUGUACCCAUACCCCCUCCCUCCCUCCCGCCCUUAGUCAACAACGGGGUGACGCCUUCAUCUCCUGGUCCUUCUUCCAAAAGCUUCGCAAGCACAGCAGUGAGAUUCCACAGCUGGAUCAGGCCGCUUUGACUUGUGAAGGAGGCUGUGUCACCCCGGCUGGACUGUCGCCUGGGGCAAGGCCGAGACUGGCGGCGCUGGGAAAGUUGGGGGAGAGGUUUGAUUGUCAACUAGGGAUCGAGGGUGCGGAGUGUAAGUUGAGAGGACCGAUGAAGGUCUUGACCGGGGAUGGGGUUGUGGAUGUGAAGGUUGAGGAUGGGGUGGGGUAUUUUACGAAGGGGUUCUUGGAGGAGGUUGUGGGAUCUAAGGAGAAGGAGAAGGCUGGAGGGAUCCCGAUGAUGGGUGCUGUCGAUGGAGAUGCUCGAGAUCCUUGCUGGCCUUUGGGUUCUUGCGACGACUUGAUGGAAUUGGACAAGAGGGAAGAGCAAGAGACUGCAUACAAGCCCGUCAGCAACGCCGCCGGAACCGUGACAAUCGUCAAGUUCAUCGCCCCAACCGCGACAAGAUACAUCACACCAACCGCUCAGCCUUCCCAGACACCGAAUGUGGACGAACUCCUCUCCCAAAUCUCCAGCUUGGUUCACGCCCCAAGCUUCACCGGCCGACUCACCGCGACGGACCUCGUGAGCUCGCUCUCUGCAGCAGUCACGCCGGGCCCAGCACCUCAGGUACCCAGCCUCACUGGCGCGCCAGGGGUGUACGGAAGGCGCUUCGCAACCACGGCCGGCGAAGACUUGGCCGCGGGUCUAUUUCUCCUCGGCUUUGCGGCUCUCCUCUGCCUACUGCGCUUGGUCGUAUGGCCUUGCGUGAAGAGGAUGAUUCCGCUGCUGGCGCCGCGUCCACUCUUCCCAGCUCACCGCAGUUUGAGGGGUCAAGUCAUGCCGACGGCGGAGGAUAUAGCGAUUGCUCGGGUCGUUGUGCGUUCGUGUGUUGGGGACUACAGGCGUUCUAAGGGACCACGCAAGACGUUCGGUCUCCGAGUGAGGCGUCCGGCUCGCGGCAGAAAGGCAGUUCGAGGUCGAGCAUUGAGCUUGAAAGUAUCUGCAACGGUGUUGUCCAAGGAGUCUAGUGAUCGCGAGCUUGAGUCCGCGGGCGACAUGAGGAGAAGUAAUUCUCAGAUCAGCCUGGGAAGCGACGUAAGCAUCAUCAGCAGUACCGUGACUGCCGAGAACGGCGAAGCUUGGGAGCUGUUGGAGGAAGACAUGGGUAUGCCGAGCCAUGUGUACGGUUCAUAA